AUGACCAAAUACACCAGACAAGCUAGAGAAAUGACCAAAUACACCAGACAAGCUAGAGAAAUGACCAAAUACACCAGACAAGCUAGAGAAAUGACCAAAUACACCAGGCAAGCUAGAGAAAUGACCAAAUACACCAGACAAGCUAGAGAAAUGACCAAAUACACCAGGCAAGCUAGAGAAAUGACCAAAUACACCAGGCAAGCUAGAGAAAUGACCAAAUACACCAGACAAGCUAGAGAAAUGACCAAAUACACCAGACAAGCUAGAGAAAUGACCAAAUACACCCGACAAGCUAGAGAAAUGACCAAAUACACCAGGCAAGCUAGAGAAAUGACCAAAUACACCAGGCAAGCUAGAGAAAUGACCAAAUACACCCGACAAGCUAGAGAAAUGACCAAAUACACCAGACAAGCUAGAGAAAUGACCAAAUACAACAGGCAAGCUAGAGAAAUGACCAAAUACACCAGACAAGCUAGAGAAAUGACCAAAUACACCAGACAAGCUAGAGAAAUGACCAAAUACACCCGACAAGCUAGAGAAAUGACCAAAUACACCAGGCAAGCUAGAGAAAUGACCAAAUACACCAGGCAAGCUAGAGAAAUGACCAAAUACACCCGACAAGCUAGAGAAAUGACCAAAUACACCAGACAAGCUAGAGAAAUGACCAAAUACAACAGGCAAGCUAGAGAAAUGACCAAAUACACCAGACAAGCUAGAGAAAUGACCAAAUACACCAGACAAGCUAGAGAAAUGACCAAAUACACCAGGCAAGCUAGAGAAAUGACCAAAUACACCAGACAAGCUAGAGAAAUGACCAAAUACACCAGACAAGCUAGAGAAAUGACCAAAUACACCAGACAAGCUAGAGAAAUGACCAAAUACACCAGGCAAGCUAGAGAAAUGACCAAAUACACCAGACAAGCUAGAGAAAUGACCAAAUACACCAGACAAGCUAGAGAAAUGACCAAAUACAACAGGCAAGCUAGAGAAAUGACCAAAUACACCAGACAAGCUAGAGAAAUGACCAAAUACACCAGGCAAGCUAGAGAAAUGACCAAAUAA